AUGUACAGGAAAGAAUGGAUAUUUUGUACACUGUUUUCAUUUCCAAUUGGAGUAAAUCAGAGGAGCCCUAAUUUUGCUCUCCGCCUCUCUCUUCAUCUUCAUCACUUCUCUUCAUCUCCUUUCUUCUCAUUCCUUCACGGUUCCAUUGAUCAUCGAACAUGGUAUCAGAGCAGGUCACCGAUUGAAGACUGGAGCUUAUCGAAGAGAACGAGAUUAGCCGGAGAAACCUUAGGAGCUCGGAGGCGACGAACAGUGAAGAAGAAGCUGCAGAAAAUGGGAGAUCUUUCGCAAGGUGAAAGAAUAGUCAUAGAGCAUGGCCAUCCCUUGUAUGUGCACCCAUCGGACACUUCGGGAUGUGUUCUAGCACCGGUGAAACUCAUCGGAUCUGAGAACUACGGAGUAUGGAGCCGAGCUAUGAGAAUCUCGCUUCUGGCUAAGAAGAAGCUAGGGUUCGUAACUGGAGCGUGCAAGAAGGAAUCGUUUGAUGAAUCUCUCCACGAACAAUGGGAGACGGUGAACGCGAUUGUGCUCUCGUGGAUCAUGAAUACAGUGUCGGAGAGCUUGUUGAGUGGUAUUGUAUAUGCAUCAAAUGCACAUUUGGUUUGGGAGGACCUGAAGGAAAGCUUUGAUAAGGUGAAUCGAGUGCGAACAUUUCAGGUACACACGGCCAUUGCAAAUCUUAAACAAGGAACUAACCCGGUGUCAAUGUACUUCUCAAAAUUGAAGGAGUUAUGGAGUGAGUUUGAUUUGAUAGCCCCUUCUCCGAAUUGUGGCUGUCCAAAGUCUAAGGAUUAUGUUGAGUACCUGCAAGAGCAGAGAUUGAUGCAAUUUUUGAGUGGUCUGAACGAAUCUUAUGAUCAAGCUAAGAGGCAGAUUUUGAUGAAGUCCAAUGCACCAUCUGUAAAUUAG